UUUGCAGUUCGCGAUGCAGUCAAAUGACGAGAACAUCUACUUCCCAGCUAAUCAGUAUGUCAAUGCGGGACAAUACUCACCUCUGCAACAAUCAUUUUCCCAAAACUCGCAGUAUGAUUUGUUCGACGGAUUUGCCGAAUUUGGCUUUCUGGAACAAGUGCCGGCGACCAACAUGUAUUCUGGAAGUCAAUCGACGCAAAUGGAACAAAAUUAUCUGCCAAAUGUGAAUAAUUCAACUAGAAAGCGAAAGGCGCCAGGACAAAACGAGCAAGCAACAGUGAAACGACGUCAAAUCGGCAUCGAGAAAUGGAGGUUGCCAUCAAGAUCGGUAGUCCAACCGAGUGCAGAUAUUUCUGAUUUGAGGCGCCCACCUAUCUCGUAUGUUGCAUUGUGUGCCUUAGCCUGUCGGAAUGCUCCAGAUAUGAAAAUCACCCCAGCUGGAGUCUAUGCAUUUGUUUUGCAUCACUGGCGAUAUUACCGAUAUGCAAAUGAAAACUGGAAGAACUCAGUGAGGCAUCAACUUUCAUCAAAGGAACAUUUCGACGAAGAAACAUUCCAGCCUGAUCCAAGUAAUCCGACAGUCAGAAGAAAAUUUUAUAUCGUCAAAAAUCCAAACAUGAUCCGACAAAAUUUAAUCAGUGAUGCAGAUUUUGAUUUCUUUCGGAAAGAUUCAAGAGGAAUUGAAUUCUAUCAAAAAAUGUUUGCUGGACAAAUUGGCCUUCCGCGAAGUCUUUUUUAUCAAAUCAUUGGAAACGGAAUCCCAUUUCUUGCUGGUCCAGAAAACUCAUCAAUGUUCUACCAAUUGCUUGGAAUGGGCAAAGUUGUUGGAUAUUUGGAAACUCGAUACUUUCGAGAGCACUACAGAAGCGAACACGCCGCGACCGAGCCUAAGUAUGAAGAGGAUUACGCUAAUUUCACUGAAAAAAUUCCUUCCAAUGCUGAGAAUCUGAUGUCAUAUGGAGCAGCAACCGAGAGGAACUUUCAAAAAUUUGACUUCACCGAUGAAGAAAUUGAAUUGUUUCAUUUGAACAUAAGUUCAUAUCAUUCAGUGCAGAAAACGUGCAAAGAAUGCAAUCUACCAAACUGGUGCACACCAUCUGUGGGAGAUGUUGAAACUUACGUCUUUGGAAGACAAGUUCCUAUGCCUGUGAACACACCAGUAAUUCUACAACAAUUUGAAACUGUCGCUGAACAGGAAGGCAUCAGAAACAAUCCGCUCGAAGAACGAAAAACUACUGAAGAUCCUCGAGAUAUCUCAAUUCUCGAAGCCUUAGCAUAAAAUUUGUCAGAAUUCUAAUUUGUGUUUGAAAAUUGUUCAGCCCAUUCAAAUUAUUUUCAUACUCCCGUUUAGUGUUCAAACUCUUAUAAAUUUUGUGUCAAAUACUCGCUGAGAAAGCAAAUAUUAUUUGAGUUUAAUAUUUUCAUUUUACCUUGAUAAAUCAAAUGUUGAAUUAUUUCCACUAUUUUACCAAAUGAAUAAUUUGGCUA